GUGCUGACAUUGAUCGGCGCUGACUAUACUCCAAUAAAUGCACAACACUGACUGUGCGGCAAUAACAGUGUGAAUUUUCAUCUACCAACAUUCAUCAUGUCCGGGAGAAUUCUCCUUUUGGGGCUUUUGCUCAUCUGUGUGGUUGCAGGCAUGGCGGCAUCCCAGUCCUGUGAUGGUCGGGUGCCCGAAAGUUGCCCUUCGAACUAUGACCCUGUGUGUGGUACGGACAGAUUUACAUACCCCAAUAAGUGUUCUCUCUGUUCCAGGAAUCCGCAGGGUGAGGUAUUACACCGUGGAGAAUGCAGAGCUCCCUUUGAUCCGAUAGCAACCAAUUUGGGGCCCCAAAUGGUCUAAGGGACACCACAACAAGUCAACUUUGUUGUCGUUGUUUUUUUUUUUUUAGCAGCCUACAUGCAUACUAUCGCGCAGACAAUAAACUAAAGUGAAACAAUUAGUAAA